CUUAAAUCGCGAAGCGCUCAAUAUUCGCACCUCAAUUUUCUCCGAAAACAUUUCUUGGAUUUUCGGAGUUUUAACCGCGACAACAAGAAUGACUAUCGCGUAUCGCGAACGUUUCUAGCAACGUUCAAGCCUGACAAAGGAUAGAGCAGCUGUCAGAGGAUAGUUCCUAUACCUGAACCGGGUGGAGAUUAUAACCUUGCUAGGGGAUGGUCAAUUCUCCGGCGGACGAGUUCGUCUAUACUUACUACAACGACGACACUUCGCUGGCGGCACAUCAUUACAAUGCGUCCGGGAUUAUACCUGAACCAACACCAGGCUUCACUCGCGUGAUUCUCGUGAUUCUGUUGCGAAUCGGCUACGUUCUGAUCCACGUUGGCAGCGUGCCAGUGAACAACAUCAAUCUGAUCCUGUUGCAAAACAUAGUUGACGUUUGCUGGGUGACGAUAUCGUAUUGCUUAAUCGGUUACCUGAUUGCCUACAACGGCGGCUCGAACGGAAUCGUGGGCGACGGAUUGUGGAUUGGCGACCCAACGGCCGACAAAGACGAGGCCUUGAUUGGUUGGGCGGCGGCUGUCGUCGCGGCAGCCAUUUGCACUUGCGGCAUCGUGGGAAGAACGCACACGAUCGGCUAUCUUGCCACGGGCCUCCUAUUGGCCGGAUUGACGCAGCCUUUCCUCGUACAUUGGGCUUGGACCCCUCACGGAUGGAUGAAGAAACACGUGCUGAAAGAGACGUUCGUCAGCUUCCGGGACUUCGCCGGGUCUGCAGUUGUUCACCUUGUGGGUGGACUGUCGGGAAUGAUAGGGUGCAUGAUCCUUGGGAGAAGAAUUCUCAGGCUCAGCUCUAUAGAUGACGCGAGCCUCGCCACUGGUACCUCGGGAACCGUAUUUGCUGGCCAGCUGUUGGUAUUCCUGGGUCUGCAGAGCCUGAGCAUGUCGCACGAGAAGUUCCGAUUUGGCCACGGCGGGAACGUUUACCUGAACAAUCUGCUGGCAGCUUCUUCGUGCAGCGUGCUGGUGGUGGCCUUCCAUUUCACGCUGACUGGAGAGGAAUUUAAUCAUUGGACGGUGAUGAGAUGCGUUCAGGCCACGGUGGCCGGACUGGCGGUGGUCUCAGCCGGCGCCGAUAUUUAUACGCCGGAGAUGGCGAUCUGCGUAGGAUCGAUCGGCAGCGUGAUCUAUUUCCUGGUCUCGAAGCUGGUCUUCCAAAGCGCUCUAGAAGACUAUUGCAACAUAAUAGCUACGCACGUGGCUUGCGCGUUUCUCGGGAGCCUGUUGGCUCCUCUGUUCGCUAUCGAGCGGAUCGAUGACACAGAGACGAACCUGAUGAGGCUCUAUUGGCAGGUGAUCUGCCUGUUGACUGUGGUCAGCAUGGUCUCCGUGAUCAUGUACAUAUCGUUCACCCUGCUCGAGGUGCUAGGGUUCUUAAGGAACCGAUCGGAACAUUUGAAUCAUUCUCGGGCUGCCAGGGCUAUGGCGGCUCUGGACGUUCCUCGGAGAACCUUUUUUCAAAGACUCUUCCAGGCUGACGACGAUCCUGUUUACAUACAACCGGGCACGGCGGUGGACUCUGCUAGAAGACCGAGCGUCGGUAUUCAUGCCAUGAAGUACCAGGCCGAGGAUGCUGCUGUGGAGAAAGGAAGGGUUGUCGAGCCUAGACAGACCGCGUCGCAGAGCCUUUGAGACCAUUUAACCCUUUGCACUCGAGCGGGCGAGUCCGAGGCGCCGCUAAAAAUUGUUAUAGCAUUUUUCGUUGAAUAAUCGUAACGGUAUCAGAUUUGUCGUAUUUAAGAAACUGUGGAAAUUACAGUUAUUGUACUUGCCGAUAGACGUAAUUUCAGAUGCAUAAACUGCACACUGAAUCGUGUCAAAUAA